AUGGCUGCAGCGGGAGUGCCUGUUGAUGACGACGAUGAUUUGCCAGACCUUGAACCAGCAGGGCCGCAGCCACAGCCGGCCGGGAAUCCGUUUUCUCCUUCGCACGCGAGCCCAGAGACCAGCAUUGUCAUGACACAAAGCAUGUUUAACACUAUCAUGGAGCAGUUGGCGAGUGCAACGAGAAGAGCCAGUGAAGCAGCUGCUGCCGCAGUUGCGAAUGCAUCCAAGUCCUCAGGCUCCGACGGCCAAGGGUUCACAGCUGCCAGCAAGAUAUUGAAGUAUCCUGCUGAGUUUGGGUCAGAGAGCCACGAAACAGAUUUGAACCAAUGGCAAGAUUUUACGCAUCAGCUGAAAAGCUGGCUUAUAUUUGCGGAGCCAGCAUUUGAAGUCGAACUGGAUGCAAUCGAGAAGAACCUGGGGACUCCUGCCACGCUUUCCUCAAUGACCACAGAGCAAGUGGAGAACAGAUGCGGGUUUGAGACGUGGAGGCGUCUGAACAACGCCUAUGCGCCGAAAACCCGUGCUCGUUCCAUGGCAGUGCUAUCGGCCCUUAUGCAGACCCCACAUUUCACGAAAGACAAAACAAUGAGAGAGCAAAUUCAGAGCAUGGAGAGAGUUGCUGCAAAAUAUGCCAAGAUCAGCGGGCAUGAUGUUACCCCGGAUGUUAUGCGGGGUGUCCUUCUUCGGGUGCUGCCGGCCCAGGUGAGACAGCAUGUGCAACUCUCGCUGACCGAGAGCUCUAGCUAUUCCUCCGUGCGUGACUAUAUCCUUUCCUACGAGCUCUCGAGCACAACCUGGAACCCAACACGUGUGCAGCAAGCCCUAGGCAUGUUGCCGAGCACAGGUUCCAAGGCAGAGCAGGGGCCACAGCCAAUGGACGUAGACCAGGUAGGUGCAGUCACCCGCAAAGGCAAGGACCGAGACAACAAAGGCAAAGGCAGAGGCGACAGCAAAGGAAAGAAAGGCAAGCCCAAAGGCAGCAAAGGCGACACCAAAGGAAAGAAGGGCAAGCGCCAGCAACCACAGCAGCCCGGGAGCAAAGGCAAGCAGCCAGGACAGCAGCCGCAAAAGCAGAUCACAUGUCACAAUUGCGGGCGGCCCGGCCACUAUGCACGUGAUUGUUGGCGUCCCCGGCAGGUCCAGAACGUCACCGCGGAUGCGACUAUUCAGCCAGGCCAGGCCAGCACAACCGUAGCAAGCACGAAUGUCCCGUCUAGUGCGGCAAGCGCUGCGUCCUCAAUGCCGAGCACCGCCGUGCGCCGAGUGGUUGCAGAGCCGCGCGUGUCCGACCUUGAGCUGCCUAGCGAGCCCAGCCGCCUUUGCGUAGUUUCCUUUGCAAGUGCUCCCGAGCGGUUUCAGCUCGACUCGUCCGAUGACGAUGGUGUGUGGGCCGUCACGACGGCCGGUGCCGCGAGCGUCAUUGUUGACAGUGGCGCGGACGUGUCUUGUGUGCCCCUCAGCUAUGGUCCUCCCAUCAAUGUGCAAGAGGAGCGUUUGAUAGAUUUCGUGAUCGGCGCCGGGACCCCACAUGAGAUAACCAUUCGCGAGCGGUGUGUGGUAUCGCAGGUGAGCCAGCUGCUCGUGAGCAUGGGGCGCUUGAUCGCCCGUGGCUGGUGGCCUUGCAAAGGCACACAAGGCAUGUGGUUGGCCCACGACAGCGGGGCCGAGAUUCCUCUAGGGUUGCGCGGCAUGUCGUUGACCAUGAGUGCCGAGAUAAGACGCGUGAGUGAGGACCAGAGUGCACUUCCAGGUGCCGUCCAGAGUUCAGCCGCAGGUGCCGCCCAGAGUUCAGCCACAGGUGCCGUCCAGAGUUCAGCCACAGGUGCCGUCCAGAGUUCAGCCGCAGGUGCCGUCCAGAGUUCAGCCACAGGUGCCGUCCAGAGUUCAGCCGCAGGUGCCGUCCAGAGUUCAGCCGCAGGCGUCGUGCAAAAGCCAGGUGGCGCAACAGCAGGCAUGGUCAGUGUCAGAGCCAUUGGUCGUGCUAUCCCAAGCCGUGUCCUUGAUGAUUUUCAGUUCGGUUGGCAGCUUGCAAGUUCAGGGCACAUGGUGUGGCGCGGCAUUUCGAAAGUUAUGAUUGACCCGUCUAUCAUGGCUCCUGACACGUGGCCGUUCAGGUCUACCUUGAUGCGCCGGAAUGAGCGUGUGCCCUGGCUUGUGGUCGAGCAUUGCGCUAAGUGGCUUGAGCUUGAAGACGUGGAGGAAGAUAUCCCCGGUGGCGGGGAAGCCGAGCUGAUAGUUGUGCUGCAUGGUCAGCACGAGCCCUUGGAUGCAGCAGGCAUCGAGGUUUCCGAUGAGUUGAUGGGUGAAGUUGAGAUCCCGGCAGAGGGGUCGCCAGAGCCAGCCGAUGAUGCAGAUGAGUUUGCCGAUGAUAUUUUGGUUGAGGCCCCAGACCAGGAGGGAGGCCGCAGCGCUGCAGAGAGUGAGCGUGAGUCUGUUACGGUCGAUGGUGUCGAGCUGUCGUAUGCAAGCCCGUUGCAAGUGCUAAAUGCCUGCGAGAAGCUGGGGCUCCGAACUUCGGGUUCCAAGAGUCGGUUGUUUGAGCGUGUGCGUGCGUACUUGGACAAGCAAAAGCUUUCGCUGGAGCACGACGUUGCCAGGGACGCAAAAAGUGUUGAGUCGAGGCAGCCUCGCAUGCAAACGCUGCCAAAGCCACCAUCGCCCCAGGAGCAGCUCAUCCACGAGCUGACGCACACACCGUUUGCCCCGUGGUGUGGGCAUUGCAUUGCCAUGAGGUCCCUACCGGACAGGGCAGAGACAGUCACGAGCGGACCGAGGGACAUUGCAACGGUGUCGUUUGAUUUCUUUUACACUGGAUAUGAGCCAGAAAAGAAUGAACUCAUCGAGGCGAGGCCCGCCACCGAGGAGGAUGCGAAAGACCUCUUGUGCUGUUUGAUAGCACACGACUCUGUGACAGGGUCAGUGCUUGCAGUGCCGACCCCGUCCAAGGGUGCAACGCGGCACUUGGGUGUCGAGCUUAUGCGUUUUGUUCAGUCGUUGGGGCAUGCUGCUGUUGAGCUUCGUUGCGACCAAGAGCCAGCGACAAUCAAGUUGCAGAAGGCCGUUGUGAAUGCAAGGUUGCGGCUGGGACCCAAGACCACCGAGAGGUUGGCGUGCACUUUCCUCGACUUGCUAAGGAACCGCUUCGCCGUGACCGGCGGGCUCACCGCUUACGAGCGGACAGCAAGUGGCAACCCAAAGUGGGUGAAAGCCAUUUUCCUCACGAAGACCACCACCUCGGAUAUGUACGUGCUGGGCACCAAGGGAGGCAUCAGGCUCUCGCGCGCGGUGCGGCGCACAGGUCAGGAUUGGAAGCUUGAGGCGCCUUUGUUUGAUUCUGUUGCCGGCUUCCCUUGGGGCUACAGCGUCGUGGGCACCAGGCUCGUGCCACCAGCAAAGGGAAGGAAGGCGAUUGCCGCCGAUGAUGCGCCGGCGGGGUUUCAAGAAGCAAGCCGCGACGAAGCAGGGAGCGACCCGCCUGACGCACCC